CCUUGCUUUGCUACCCGCAAGCAAAUCAAACGCACGUACGUGAAAUAUCGCGACGAACCGCAAUGCGCAGUAGGCUCAGUCUUAUAGCCUCGGAGUUCAGAAAACAUGGUGAUUAUGAUGGAAUUACAGUGCGCAAAUAUAUAUAUCCAGUGGCGUUACACAAGAAGUCCUCCCUCCCCCUCACCAAUUUUGCCUAUGCAGGAAAUUGACAAUCAAAGUAGGGACCAUUCCUCAAGCUUCAAGCCUCAAUGAAGCAAGGCGGCGAGAAUCUGUCAUAUGCGUCUAAUAUGCUGUUGGGUUGCGUAUUCAAUGUGUACUGCCGGGUGUAUUUUCGCGAGAGUUGGAGUACCAAGUCACUGGUUGUUGCAAUAUGGAAUCGAUCAGGAUUCAGCGCUCAAGUGCUCACCAAUGCGCUUGACAUGCAGUGCUGACGAUGGCAUUGGUGAGGAAAUUGACGACAAAGACAUGGACGAGGGACGACAGCCACGAAUUUUCACAAUGUUGGUGGGACCUUGGACUUGGAUUAUUCCUCUGAACAUGAUCGCCGCGGUCUCGGGGAGGUCAUGCAUAGAAAAUUGAACUGAGACAGAUAAGUAAUUUAGGGUUGGCUUAGGGUAUUUCGCCCUUUG